AUGAGUUACAAGGAAGUACCUGGUAGGCCUCAUAUUGUAUGUGUUCCAAUUCCAGUUCAAAGUCACAUUAAGGCAAUGCUUAAAUUUGCAAAACUCCUCCACCAUAGAGGUUUUCAUAUAACCUUUGUCAACACAGAGUUCAAUCACAGGCGAUUUCUUAAAUCUUUAGGGCCCAACUCUCUGGAUGGCUUGCCUGAUUUUUGGUUUGAAACUAUUCCAGAUGGCCUUCCUAGUUCGGAUGAAGAUACACCCCAAGAUGUGGUUGAGCUUUGCGAUUCAGUCAGGACAAAUUUCUUGGCGCCAUUUCGGAACCUCCUCACUAAGCUCAAUGACAAUGCAAGUAGUUCAACAAAGCAUAGUAAUCCUCCUGUGACUCACAUAGUUUCUGAUGGUUGGAUGCCAUUCACUUUAGCUGCUGCUGAAGAAAAUGGCAUCCCUGUCACUCUCUUGUUUACUAUUGCUGCGUGUAGCUUGAUGGGAUUUGCACAAUUCCCAACUUUGGUGGAAAAAGGACUUGCACCACUGAAAGAUGAUAGCUGUUUGACAAAUGGAUAUUUGGACAUGGCAGUAGAUUGGAUUCCUGGAAUGAAAUAUAUUCGUUUGAAGGAUCUCCCUACCAAUUUCCGAGUCACAGAUCCUGAGAACAGUGCCUGGAACUUCUGCUUGGAAGGAAUCAAAGGAAUUCCGAAAGCUUCUGCAGUUGUUGUUCAUACAUUUGAUGCAUUGGAGCCACAAAUUUUAGAAGCUUUCUCAACUAUGUUUCCAGUACAUGUUUAUGCCAUAGGCCCUCAUCAGUUACUCCUUGAUAAGAUACCAGAACACCCUUUAAAGUCUAUGGGAUACAGUCUCUGGAAAGAAGAAACCGAGUGUCUCCAUUGGCUUGACUUUAAGACACCAAAUUCAGUCAUUUAUGUGAAUUACGGAAGUUUAACGUUCAUCACACCACAGCAACUUGUGGAGUUUGCUUGGGGACUUGCAAAUACCAAGCUUCCCUUUCUUUGGGUACUCAGACCCGAUUUGGUUAUUGGUGAAUCUGCGAUUUUGCCACCAGAGUUUGUAGCUGAAACUAAAGAAAGAGGCCUUAUAGCAAGUUGGUGUCCACAAGAGCAAGUGCUUAACCACCCAUCCAUUGGAGGGUUUUUAACACACAGCGGUUGGAAUUCAACCAUUGAGAGUUUGUGUGCAGGUGUGCCUAUGCUGUGUUGGCCAUUCUUUUCAGAUCAGCAGACAAAUUGUUGGUUUGCUUGUAAUGAGUGGGAUAUUGGUAUGGAGAUCAGUAACGAUGUCAAGAGAGAAGAAGUUGAAAAGCUUGUUAGAGAGCUAAUGGAAGGAGAGAAGGGUCAGAAAAUGAAAGAUAAUGCCAUGAAAUGGAAGAAACUUGCAGAAGAAGCAACUGCGCUGCAUGGUUCUUCAUCCACAAACUUGGACAAUUUAGUGAAUCAUGUGCUACUAAGAAAAAUCUAGAUCAUAUCAAUGGCAUGUGAAUGUUCUUAUUUUCUCUGUUUCUGUUAUUUUUUAACUCCAAAAGAUGUAAUGAAGAAUGCAGAUACAGUCCAGGCCUUUGGUUUUUGUUUGUGCCGGUAGUUUUUUCUGUUGUUUGGUGGUGUGGAUCAAUAAUGUCUUAGCAGUA